AUGGCGACAGCUCGUGAGCACAACGACGCCGCACGCGGCCCAAGUUUCGAGAAGAACACCAACGGCACCAGCGCAUUGGACCACGCGGCGAUUAACGGCGCAGGAGCCCCCAAGCAAAGGGUUCCCUACGACUAUGGAGGCAACCCUCUUGCCCAUGUCGCUACCAACGACCCAGACAUGCGCCUUGCAGCCUUCGGUGGUGAAUUCCAGCCUGGUCUAUACAGGCCACCGAACCGCAAGUUCGCCAACCCAGCUCCCCUGGGUCUGUCGGCUUUCGCCCUUACCACCUUUGUUCUCUCCUUGAUCAACGUCAAGACCCGUGGCAUUGGUCAUCCCAACAUUGUUGUGGCUAUCGCAUACGCUUAUGGAGGUCUUGUGCAGCUUUUGGCUGGCAUGUGGGAAAUGGCCGUUGGAAACACAUUCGGUGCCACUGCCCUUUCAUCCUACGGUGGUUUCUGGAUCGCCUUCGCCAUCAUCCUCACCCCAGGUGGAUUCGCCAUUGAGGAGACUCUUGUUGAAUCAGGCGACUUCUACAACUCGUUUGGUCUUUUCCUCAUGGGCUGGUUCAUCUUUACCUUCCUCCUACUACUCUGCACACUCCGAUCAACCGUCGCCUUCUUCUUCCUCUUCUUUACUCUUGACUUGGCUUUCCUCAUGCUGGGAAUUGGAUACUUGAACGCCGGUGCCGCUGGUCCUCAGAGUGACUGCAUUGUCGCUGGUGGUGCUUUUGGUCUCAUGGCCGCUUUCGCUGCCUGGUACAACGCCCUCGCUGGUAUUGCGGACAGCUCCAACAGUUUCUUCGUCAUUCCCGUCGCUCACUUCCCCUGGUCUGAGAAGGGCCGUGAGCGUCGCAACAAGGUCGACAACUCGGCUGCCCGUGAGCACGCAGCAUAG